CUCAGAUUCAAGAACAUUUACAGAGAGAAAAAAAAAGACAGUUCUUAAGAAGUAUUUUUUCCAAACAAUGUCUUCUCUUGGUCACUUUCAGAUUCUUGUUUUUCUUCUUGCUCUGCUUAUCUUCUCAGCCGAAUCUCGCAAAACCAAACUGCAAAACAGUGAUGAAAUUGAAUCUAACGACGAUAAUGCACAAGGCACACGAUGGGCUGUUCUAGUUGCUGGAUCAAAUGAAUUUUACAACUACAGGCAUCAGGCUGACAUAUGCCAUGCAUAUCAGAUACUUCGAAAAGGUGGUCUCAAAGAUGAAAACAUUAUUGUGUUUAUGUAUGAUGAUAUCGCGUUUCACCCAGAGAAUCCAAGGCCUGGAGUUAUCAUUAAUAGACCCGAUGGAGACGAUGUUUAUCAAGGAGUUCCUAUGGACUACACUGGAAAAACUGUUAAUGUGACAAACUUCUUCAAUGUGUUACUUGGAAAUGAAAGUGGCAUCACAGGAGGAAGUGGCAGAGUUUUGAAAAGUGGUCCUAAUGAUCAUGUCUUCAUCUACUAUGCUGACCAUGGAUCUCCUGGUUUACUAGCGAUGCCCGGUGAAGAAGAGCUCCAUGCAAAAGAUUUCAUUAAUGUCUUGGAGAAGAUGCAUCAUCAAAAAAGCUACAAGAAGAUGGUGAUUUAUGUUGAAGCAUGUGAAUCUGGAAGCAUGUUUGAAGGGCUUUUAAAGAACAAUCUAAAUAUAUUGGCUGUGACUGCUGCUAAUGCAAAAGAGAGCAGUUGGGGAACUUACUGUCCUGAAACAUAUCCUCCUCCUCCUCCUGAGUAUGACUCUACUUGUCUCGGCGAUACAUUCAGCAUCUCUUGGCUUGAGGACAGCGAACUUCAUGACAUGAGCAAAGAGACUUUGGAGCAGCAAUACAAAGCUGUAAAGAGAAGAACAGGAUCUGAUCCUGAACCAGGAAUGACUUCUCAUGUAUGCCAUUUCGGAACAGAGGAGCUUCUCAAAGACUAUCUUGUCUCUUACAUUGGAACCAAUCCUGACAACAAAAACUUCACUUUAGCUGGAUUCACUUCUCCACCAAUCUCUAACUCAAGCUUUGUCAAUACACGCGAUAUUCCUCUGUUAUAUCUCCACAGAAAGAUUCAAAAAUAUCCACUGGAGUCACCUGAAAGACAAGAAGCUCAGAAGAAGCUAUUUGACGAAAUGAAUCACAGGAAACAAAUCGAUCAGAGCAUUAUAGAGAUUCUGCGACUUUCGCUUAAGCAAACCAAUGUCUUACAUCUCUUAACAUCCACAAGAACAGCAGGACAACCUCUUGUAGACGACUGGGAUUGCUUCAAGACUAUGGUCAAUAGCUUCAAGAAUUACUGUGGAGCAAAGAUAGAUUACGGACUGAAGUAUAGUGGAGCGCUUGCCAAUAUCUGCAAUAUGGGAGUGGAUGUGAAGCAAACUGUUUCAGCUAUUGAACAAGCUUGUUCCAUCAAAUGAUGUGCAAAAAAAACAUAUCUAUUCAAAAUAAUGUGAUCGACUUAUAUGAAUAAGAAAAGUUAUUCCAAAACA